GCUAUGCAUUUGCUGGUUGGUGCUUGGUGGAUGGUCAAAUCGUCCUCCACACAGAACGGAGACCCUGCCUCGAACGAUUGAACCGAAAGAAGCAAAGAAGAAAGAAGAAACGAAAGCAAUCGGAGUGAUAAAACACUGAUCACAGAGACACAGAGGAAGAAGGUCUCCGGCCAUGAUCUCGCAGUUCUUCGUGCUGUCGCAGAGAGGCGACAACAUCGUAUUCCGUGACUAUCGUGGAGAAGUGCAAAAGGGGACUGCCGAGAUAUUUUUCCGCAAAGUGAUGUUUUGGAAGGAGGAUGGAGAAGGGGAUGCACCACCUGUCUUUAACGCAGACGGUGUUAACUACUUUCAUGUCAAGGUUGCGGGAUUGUUAUUUGUUGCUACAACAAGAGUUAAUGUGUCACCCUCUCUUGUUUUGGAACUUUUACAAAGGAUUGCACGUGUCAUCAAAGAUUACCUUGGAGUACUCAAUGAAGAUUCGUUGCGGAAAAAUUUUGUGCUUGUGUAUGAGUUGCUGGAUGAAGUCAUUGAUUUUGGUUAUGUGCAAACAACGUCCACUGAGCUUUUGAAGUCAUAUAUUUUUAACGAGCCAAUUGUGGUCGAUGCAGCACGUUUGCCAUCCCUUGGACCUGCUUCCAUAUUUAUGCAAAGGACCAAAAGAAUGCCUGGGACAGCUGUUACAAAGUCUGUUGUAGCAAAUGAGCCUGGCGGUAGAAAGAGGGAGGAAAUUUUUGUCGACAUAAUUGAGAAAAUAAGUGUGACAUUCAGCUCUAGUGGAUAUAUACUAACUUCUGAGAUUGAUGGCACCAUUCAAAUGAAGAGUUAUCUUACAGGGAAUCCAGAAAUUCGACUUGCUCUUAAUGAUGACCUGAGCAUAGGAAGCGGUGGAAGGUCAAUCUAUGAUUAUGGUAGUUCAUCUGGUUCAGGGGCUGUGAUUCUGGAUGAUUGUAAUUUCCAUGAAUCUGUACACCUUGACAGUUUUGACAUUGACAGAACUCUGAGCCUGGUACCACCAGAUGGUGAAUUUCCUGUCAUGAAUUACCGCAUGACUCAGGCAUUCAGGACUCCUUUUCGUAUUAAUGCAUUGAUUGAAGAAGCAGGACCCCUUAAGGCUGACGUAAUUCUGAAAGUGCGUGCUGAGUUCCCCUCAAGCAUCACUGCAAACACAAUUCUAGUACAGAUGCCGCUGCCAACAUAUACAGCAAGAGCAAGUUUUGAGUUGGAGCCUGGAGCAGUUGGAAACACAACCGAUUUUAAGGAAGCAAAUAAAAGACUUGAAUGGGGUUUGAAGAAGAUUGUUGGUGGAUCUGAACUUACUCUACGCGCAAAGCUGACGUUUUCACAGGAAUCACAUGGAAAUAUUGUGAAGGAAUCUGGACCUGUUAGCAUGACCUUCACAAUACCAAUGUACAAUGCUUCAAGGCUUCAGGUCAAGUAUUUGCAGAUAGCGAAGAAGUCAAAGACUGACAAUCCGUAUCGAUGGGUGAGAUAUGUCACACAGUCUAAUUCGUAUGUUGCCCGGUUAUGAUCAUAAUCUAUUUUGCCCCCGAUUUUUCUUGUUCCUGUUUUAUCUCUCAUCGCAUUAGAUCACUUCAUAAAAUUGCACUUAAACAAAAGAGUUUGUGUGCUCAUGGUCAAUGUGAUGCUUUUUAUGCUAUUGUAAUUAGGUGUUUUCAUCAAUGAAUCAGUAGCACUGUUACAGCUGUA